AUGUCUUCUUCACAAAUCCGAACUCUUUUCCCAAAUUACACACUGAUUUUGACUUCAUCUCCUGCUUCAACAGGCUAUUUGUCAAUCAAUGAUGUUCGGGUCGACCCGAAUUUCUCUUUGGACAAUGGGUCGAUGAUGAUAUACACCAUCGAUCGGUUCUUUAACUUGUCUUUCUUGGAGGCUGAUGAAGCUUCGACGCCGGCUCCGAUUGCUAGAGUUUCGGGUCAGCCACACCGGUCUUUCGGGUCGGUUUCAGAUCUGCUUAGGUCUGAAGGUUGUUCGAUCAUGGACGCGUUUCUUGAUGCCCAAAUGAUUGGGUUCAACCAAAAUACGGCGCUGAUGGUUUUCAUUGCCGUCAAAGACUACUCAAGGAACAACUCCGAUUACUCAGUGAUUUUCAGGGAGCACGUGGUCCAGAAGCUGCUGCCGACUUUUGAAGAAGGUUUAUUAUCAAUUCGAUCAAGAUAG